CGGACUUGCGGGGGAAGCGAGCGGCGAGAGGAGCCCGAGGCGAAAAAGUAGCUGUCAAAUGCGCGGCUCCUUUAAGCGGAGCCCUCAGUCCGGCUCGGAGAGUCAUGGCGACCACAGCGUCUAACCACUACAGCCUGCUUACCUCCAGCUCGCCCAUGGUGCACGCCGAGCCGCCGGGGAGCAUGCAGCCCGGCGCCGGCUACAGAGACGCCCAGGCUCUGGUGCAGGCGGACUACGCGCUGCAGAGCAACGGGCAUCCGCUCAGCCACGCUCACCAGUGGAUCACGGCGCUGUCCCACGGCGGCGGCGGCGGGGGAGGCGGCGGCGGCGGCGGAGGCGGCGGCGGCGGCGGCGGCAACGGCGGGGACUCGCCGUGGUCCCCCAGCCCGCUGGGCCAGCAGGACAUCAAGCCCUCGGUGGUGCAGGCCGGCGGCCGGGGCGACGAGCUCCAGCAGCAGCAGCAGCAGCAGCAGCAGCAGCAUCACCAGCAGUCGCAGCAGCAAGGCAGACCCCCGCACUUGGUCCACCACGCCGGGAGCCACCACGCCGCCGUGGCCGCGGCGGUGGCUUGGAGGACCGGCGGCUCGGCUCACCUGCCGCCCGGCAUGGCCGCGGCUAACGGCGGCGGCCAAGGCGGGCUGCUCUACUCUCAACCGCCGGGCUUCACGGUCAACGGGAUGCUGGGCUCGGGCCAGCCGGGCAUGCACCACCACAGCCUGCGGGAUGCCCACGAAGAGCCCCCGCCGCCUCCCCAGCAGCAGCCGCCGCCGCCGCCCCCUCACCACCCGGAUCACCUCUCGCAGCAGCAGCAGCAGCAGCCCCAACACCCGCACCACCACCCGCACGGGGGGCCGCCGCCGCCGCCGCCGCCUCCGCACCACCACCACCACGAGGCGCACUCGGACGAGGACACGCCGACCUCGGACGACCUGGAGCAGUUCGCCAAGCAGUUCAAGCAGCGGCGGAUCAAACUGGGAUUUACCCAAGCGGACGUGGGCUUGGCCUUGGGCACCCUCUACGGCAACGUCUUCUCGCAGACCACCAUCUGCAGGUUCGAGGCGCUGCAGCUGAGCUUCAAGAACAUGUGCAAGUUGAAGCCUUUGUUGAACAAGUGGCUGGAGGAGGCGGACUCCUCGUCCGGCAGCCCCACCAGCAUAGACAAGAUCGCGGCGCAGGGGCGCAAGCGGAAAAAGCGCACCUCCAUCGAGGUGAGCGUCAAGGGCGCCCUCGAGAGCCAUUUCCUCAAGUGCCCCAAGCCCUCCGCCCAGGAGAUCACCUCACUGGCGGACAGCCUCCAGCUCGAGAAGGAGGUGGUCCGCGUGUGGUUUUGUAACAGGAGACAGAAAGAGAAACGCAUGACUCCCCCGGGAGGGGCUCUGCCGGGAGCCGAGGACGUGUAUGGGGCCAGCAGGGACACGCCGCCGCCGCACCAUGGGGAACAAGACUGGGGAGAAGCUCUCCCCCUUUCUUCAAGCCACCCCCUGACAACGUUGCUUCAAAGCUGCCUUUAAUUAUGGAACCACUGGCUUGAUAGUCGGCUAGAAGAUUGCGGCCUUCCCUUCGCAAGGCAUCUAAAUUCAACACGCUCCCUAGCUAUUCCAUGGGCCCUAAUGGGCGCUUAUUAUUAUUAAGAUUCUUCUUCUAUUAUUAUUAUUAUUAUUAUUAUUAUUAUUAUUAUUAUUAUUACUAUUAUGUUUGGGGGGGGCUUCAGAUGACAUGCUGUUCUCGCUCACCACAUCAUGUUUUUUUAAUCUCUCCCUGCCUUUGAUUAUUGCUACUGGUGGUGAUAAUACGGUUUUCUUCAUGGAGUCUCUUGUUUCUGCUUUUAAGACACAGUCAGAAGAAAGCUAUUCAUUUUUGCAGGAUUGCUUUUCUUUUUUGCCUUUUCUUUCCUCCAAAGCUUCUCCACUGAGAACUUCGCCUCACAAGUUGGAACAAUUUUAAACCUGCAAAACCAACCCCUUAAGAAAUCUUUGGCGGAGAACAGCGCUAUCUACCAGCAUAUGCCUAAAUCAUGAAAUAUAUUACAUGUUUACUUGAACAAUCACAUUUCGGAUGACACCUAGACAAGAAAAGCUUAUCAUCAUGCUUCAAACCAUUCUGAAUCUCACCUCACUAAAUUCAGUGGAGGUAUUCAAGAGUAAUUGCUCAAAGGGGGCGGUUUGUUUUUUUUUUCCAUUCUUCAAAUGAUUUUUUUUUUUAAUGACCACACAGGUCAUUUGGAGCUGUAUGUGUGCAAAAUUAUAAUUUAUUGCCUGGUUGCUGUGACAAGAGGCAGGUGCCCAUUUGUCACCAAUCCAGAGAGGUAAUUCACUAGAAGCUAACUAUGGUCUACCUGCAGCUGAGGACAGAUGACAAUUCCUUAAGGGGCAAAAUCUCCAUAGAAAUGUAUGCUCUGAAACUGCUCUUGAUGAACUAGUGUUAAAUUUUCCAAACAGUAUCAUCUGUCCUGCAGGAGGUAUCGGAAAAUUUGAAAUGUAUAAAGACAAAAAUAGGUGAAGAUUUUUGGGACCCUAAUUUGAACUUCAGAAAUUGUCCAAUAAAAAAAAAUGUCGCAUUAC